AUGUUCUACAAAGGCUCGCUGCAGGAGGGAAUCUCCACGGCUGUGGGGCAGCAGAAGAUGGUCUUUUGCUUCGUCACGAACGACAACGAAGAGAGCCGGACGUGGGAAGAUGAUUUCCUUCAGGACAGCUCUUUGAAGGAACUGCUGCUGGGACAAGCUGUCGCCUUGCGCCUCGAGGCUGGCUCCGACUCGGCAGGCUAUCUUGCCCAGAUCUUUCCCUUGCCGCAGACCCCCACCAUCGUCAUCAUGAAGCACGGCGAGCUGAAAGAGUACAUUGCUCCGGGGACUGGCAAGGACGAAUUUAUCCGCCGCGUGCAAAGCGCUUUCAACGCGCCGCCUCGACAAGCUAGCGAGCAGACUGCCGCCGCCACCCCCCAACAAGCGGAAUCCUCGCUUCCCUCCUCCCCGGAGGCCGAGAGGUCCGAGAGUGUCAGCCGUGUCCUGGCCGAGAGGGCAGCCCGGCUCCAGGCCAAGAAGGAAGAGGGCGAGCGCCAGGCCAAGGAAGAGCGGGCUAAGGCCCAGGAAAAAGCCAAGGCCGACGCCGACGCCGGGCGCGACACGGACGCGGCGCGUACGCACCGGCAAGCCGAGCUGGUGCGUAGGAAGAAGCAGCAAGAGACGGACGAGCGCCGGCGCAUCCUCAAGCGCAUCGAGGACGACCGCGCGGAGCGGCGCCAGCGCGCGGCCGAGCGCGAGCAGCGGCGGGUUGACUCGCUCCAGACGGGCGACGUAGCGGCGUCGCUGGUGAGCGCGCCCGAGACGAAGAUGCCGUCGACAACGCGGGUUGGAGACAUGGCCUCGCUGCAGGUGCGUCUGUUUGACGGGUCGACGGUGCGGUCGCGGUUUCGCACGGCGGCGUCGUUUGGCGAGGUGCGCGCCUGGGUCGACGCCAAUAGAACCGAUGGCGCGGCGCCGUACACCUUUCGUCAGCUGCUCACGCCCAGGCCCAACCGCGCCAUCGACGAGACCGAGGAGGAGGGCAAGACGCUGGGCGAGCUGGGCCUGGCCCCGUCGUCGACCCUGGUCCUCGUCCCUGUCCACAGCUACGCGUCGGCGUACGAGGCUGCCGGCCCGCAGACCUUUUUGUCAGCUGCCGUCGCCGCCAUCUUGGCCUGGUUCACCUGGCUCAUGGGGCUGGCUGGCCUCGGUCCCGGCAGCAGAGGGAGGGCGGCUGUGGCGACGGCCCCGGAAAGCUCGGCGAGGGAGGCGGGCCGGGCUGACGAGCGCCGGAUCAGGGGGUUCGACAAUCCAACGGAUGCCCGUAGGGAUCACCAGCUCUACAACGGCAACUCGUUGAACUUUGAGCCGCGACCCGAUGAGGACGAGGCAUAG